ACUCCCCAAACGGCCCCUAAGCUGUGACACACAAAAAACACGAUCUGAAACAGGUGUCUAACCUGAUCUCAUCACGUCUUCAAUGUUAUCGGAUGUUGCUCAGCAACAAUGCUGUAGCAACGGGACGGAAACUUUACACUUUGUGAUACCAUUACUACCAGAGCAGCAGCUCUGCGUCAGGUACGCACAGGAAGCGCAACGGGAAAAAUAACAACGGGCAGUUUAUUCAGCGAGUUCUAGGUCUUUAGUUUGACGGACUCUAUCUGUUUAUACACAUUGUGAAACACAAAACGAAAUAUGAUUAAAUAAAGAAAAUAUUAUUUUAUUGGUAAUUUGAUUUUUAUAACUUUGGACACAGACUUAAACUAAACUAAAUAAAUAAAUAAAUUAAAGCUGAGUCAUGAACGAUCUGGAUAGUAACAAACUUGAGCGUUUAUUUGACUCUGUUUUAGGUUUCCACCGCUCAUGAAUAAUGAAACAUUUUUUGCUCGGGUUUCAUGCGCUGCUGUUGUUUCUGCGUCGCUGUCGCAGGCGCAGGAAGUCCAAAGAAAAGAGACUCAUCUGAAGCGAGUCGGAAAAAUCCCAGACAUAAAUGUAAGCCCGUAAGUUUCCGUCACUCUCAUCACCCAACUGAUUUAGAUCUGCCAGCGAUUCAAAGUUUAAAAAUCAGGCCUAUUUAACAACUGAUGAAAAUAAAGCUAUAUUUCAAAGUCUCAAGUGACAGUUAAGCAUUUGCCAGCUGAAGAGUGGGAACAGUUUCGAGGAGGAAACGGUGACUUUGUGGCCACAUGAGGGGACCUGAAGUCGCACUUCUGCUUUAGUGCGGGGACAGAGGCGCUAAACCUUGAAGUCGUCAAGUUGCAUGUUUAACGUCCUCACAGUUAUGUAACUCGGAAUUUUGUGGUACGACCAGCCAGAAAACGAAAACAGGAAUCAGUUCCUGUCGUGCACAUUGUUUCCUGAUAAUUUUAGCCUGUUAACUACGACUUUUUUCCUGCUAUAACCUCAGUCGCGCACCUGUUUCUUUUGCAUAGUAACGGAACAUUAGGGGUUUCUUUUUUUUUUCCACCCCCGUGCAAGUUAUUCGGAAUCAGCCAUUUUGCUUCAUUUUGCAAGAAGAACCUGCAGUGCAGAGCCAUGCUUUGUGAAGGCAGACUGCUGAGCAUGACCUACGGUAAUGUGGACGAGUGGGACACCCUCAAUCCUCCGAAGGCUUUCCAGAGUGCUUACGGGCUCCCAAGAGCAGCUGCUGCCUUCGUGCCAGGCUCUACCGGACACGAUCCCCUCGUUCAUUACGAUUCUCUGGAUUCGUCAGGAAGCACAGACAACACGGGUGCUUCGGUGGACUUGUACAUUUCCCCAUUGCAGUCUAUAGACUGCAGACAGAUUUCUCCAGAGAUAGAAAUCCCAGACCAGGCGGGCGGAGAUGCCCCUUUUUUGGUUCCCUCGUCCUGUCAGAGCAUCUGUCAAAACUACAGUGACCUCCAUAUUGGAGGGGACCAAGUGCUGCCCCUCUCAACCAAUGAUGGCGAGCUGAGGGUCUGCACAGACGCCCAGGCUAUGGGCCCCUUCCUCCAGUCCUGUGACGUCCCUCCAGCUGUGGAGGAUUCUUUCUCGGGACAAGUGUCUCAAGCUGAGUUGUUUUAUCCAGUGAGAAGAGAUCACUGGAGACAGGGGAGCGGUCGAGAUCGGAGCUUUAUGCUGCAGGGGCGGGAAGGUCCAUUCUCCAACUCCCUUCUGAAUCACUACCUGGAGCAGAAACUCUUGGAUCUAUAUCAGCAGUACAUGAUGGAAAACAUGGCGAGAGAAGGGGCCCCAGAUUCGGAUUCAGGCCCCAUUUGCCCUCUGCUGGGCUCAGAGCUUGUCCUGACCAGCCUGGACCAGAUCACUCUGCAGCUCAGUCGGGAAGGAAACCUGGAGGCCGGCCUGGCUAAGGACAUGGUCCUGAGCUGCUUACUGCGGGUGGCUGGUGACAUGCAGUCAAGUGAGAUCAGCACUCCUUUUCUGCAGAUUUCAAAUGAGGCAUCCAGGGAGCAGCUCACAGAAAAUAAAGAGGAGUAACCCGGUCUCAAGGAACCCUCUCUCCAAAUUUUCAUAUUUUGCUUUAACACUUAAAAAACAUGGAACUGAUAGCUUCUUUUUUUCCCCUCUCAUUUUAUCAGCUCUUGAGAGGAUGUUGAAAGCCAAGUCCCCCGGGUGUUUGUUAAUUACAAGUUGAAUGUGCUGCAUUCACGUAUCCUCAUUUCUGUUUGCUGUCAUUCCACGGACACGUGUGUUUUGUUGUUUUCCACUUCUGAAGGACAAUAGCGGCAGGAACCGAAACUGAUAUUUUGCCCUUUCAUUUUUUUUUUCAAUCAAACUUUUAUUUCUACCCGAAAAACAUGUUAUGUUUUUCUAGCCAUAUCUUUUAUUCAUCCCUUAUAAAUGUCUCCUCUCAAGGAGAACAUGUCUUUCAUAUCUAAUUCGUAGUAAUAGAAUAAAGCACGGCUAUAAACGCUCCCCCUCACUCAAUAAUGUGUUUUCCAUUAUUGUUUCUUAACUUGGAUGUUUGACCUUGGCUGUGCAGAAUGAUGUACAGUACCGUGCAAAAAGUGAGGAUAUUUUAAAACAAAUCAAUCACUGCUUUGCCUUUAAACCAGCACUAGUCGGUUGCUCCAAGCAUCUUGAGAAGAGACGUUGCCACCGUUCCUCACAGUAUAUUCGAUCGGGGCUCGGUUGGACUCCUUGUGUUUCUGCAUGAAGAUAUUUCUAUGUGCCUUCAUGUUCUGAGCCAUUGUUGUGCUGUAGUGUCCUUCCUGGUAAGAAUCUAAAUCUAAACAUCUGAAGAUCCAAAAACCUACACUGCUAUUUCUGUGUGUUCAACUCAUGCGCAUUCUUUUGUUUUACACCUUGUGAAUAUAUGUAAAUCGACCAUUUCACACUUAGACGUGAUAUAUAUACUGACAAAUUUAUAUUUCUGUGAAAUAAAUGUGUAAUAGUGAGGAGUUCAUGAUUAAAGCGUUAAAUGCA